AUGGCUAGUGGUAGUGGUGCGGGUGGUAACGCAGGGCGGCGAAUUAACGAAGAGAUGCGGGCGUAUAUGUCCGCGAAGAUAAAUCGGUUGAUACAAGAGCACUUGCAGCAGCAGCAACUGGCGGUCCCUCGCCCCAUCCAUCAUCCCGCUGUAGUCCCCCGAGACCACAUCGGUGCCCACCAACGGUUGUAUAACGACUACUUCGCUGAACAACCGCGGUUUGGGGAGGCCUUUUUCCUGCGGCAUUUUAGGAUGCGCCGGCCGCUAUUUAUAAGUAUCGUGAAUGCUUUAGAGCGUCGAUACAACUAUUUCCGGUUCAGGGAGGAUGCGAGCGGUAGGCCCGGUCACUCACCUAUACAGAAGUGCACUGCCGCAAUCAGACAGUUGGCCUACGGAGGGGCAAGCGACAUGUUCGAAGAGUACCUCCACAUAGGCGAGACGACUGCCAGCGAGUGUCUGAAGCAUUUUUGUCAGGACGUCAUUCACAUAUUCAGGGAGAGGUAUAUUCGAAAGCCUACCCCCAAAGACUGCCAGGCUCUGAUGGAUGUGCACGGGAUGAUGCACGGGUUUCUCGGCAUAUUAGGCAGUACAGAUUGUAUGCAUUGGAGUGGAAGAACUGCCCCACCGUCUGGAAAGGGCAGUACACGACCGACUUCAAAGGCAAGAAUCCCACGAUGA